AUGAAACAAUUUGCACACUACGUAUGUCUGGCUGUACUAGUGACGGCGGUCUCUGCGAGAUCGGCCGAAACUAAUCCCACAUCCAAUUCCAUUAAUGAACAACAAACCGCAAGGUCAAGUGGCAUUGGAGUAUUUGGAGAGUUGCGUUACGUCUAUCAAGUGUAUAAAGAAUGUGCCGGCGCGGAACUGAGUCCUUGUCUGAAGUUAAAGCUCUUAUCGGCCAUGGAUAGGAUCUCGCGGAACGUACAAUUGAAUGUGGCCGAUGGCGUUACUUUAGUUCACGACGAAUCAGCUGCCAAUGAAUCCGAGCCAGAAAAAUCUCUGCAAGAAAUUGAAGCCAGUUUACCGCGAGCGUUAGAAGACAAGGAUGAUGCUCUUAAUAGCAUGAUUUUCGACAAGAUUGUCAAAUUCUUUCAAAGUCACACUCUAAAGCUAAAAUUGCCAAGCGUGGAUGAAUUCCAACGUAGCCUCACAGAAGAAGGACGCAAGAAGAAGAAUAAAAUGGGUCUUCUUGCUAUUCCUCUGUUAAUCGGCGGCACAUUAGUACCUUUAGCUCUUGGCGCUCUUGCACUGUUGGCUGGCAAAGCGCUGAUAGUGAGCAAACUUGCGCUAGUACUUGCUGCUAUCAUCGGAUUAAAGAAACUUGUGUCAGGCGGCCACGACCACGGACACGAAGUCGUUCAAGUCGGAGGAGGACACGGAUCGAGCGGAUGGGGAAGAUCUGGGCACGAACUGGCCUAUUCCGCGUACAAACCAUCAUCAACCUAG